UUUUUCUCCCCGCCACGGAGGCCUGCCGGCGGGCUGGGGCAGCGCGUCAGCCCUCCCCGGAGCCAGAAGGAUUCGCGGCGUUUCGAGCUCAUUUUGUAAAGGCGAUGGCGUCCCCCUGACGCGGUCGAGUUCUUCCUGAAGCAGCUGGCGCAGGGGCAGCAGGGCGGUGCAGGCGAGGAGCUCCCGGCUGCUGGUGCGGGAGCUGAGCGGCGGGGCUUGGACUUCGGUUUUGGGCAAGGUUACUUCAUCGUUUGGCAAGGGGACCGGCGGGGAGGGCUCCUGGCGAGCGCAGAGCGCCCCGCUGGUGAACGGUGACGGGGCGGAGAGGGAGAAGGAGAACCUCGGUCGCCGGAGGAGUGCGAGGGAGGCUGCCGAGAUCGAGGGAAAAGCAAGGCUGGAGAGGCAUUCAGUAUGGCUUCUCCAGCUCUUCUCAUGCGUGUGGUCGCCUCUGCAUAUUCUGUUGCGGAAAAAGCUGCAACAAUUGUUAGACAUGUAAUGGCUGCAGGAGAUCUGGGGGUAGUGGAGAAGACCGGAGCCAAUGACUUGCAGACCAAAGCUGACCGACUGGUACAAAUGAGCAUUUGUGCUUCCCUGGCACGGAAGUUUCCCAAGGUGACAAUCAUAGGAGAAGAAGAACUGUCCACUGAUGAAGUAACUGAGGAAUUAAUUGAAGAUGGCCACUGUGAAGAAAUACUGAAGAAAACUUGUCCUGCUCAGUACACAGGAAUUAAAGAGGAAGAGCUUGUAAUAUGGGUUGAUCCCUUGGAUGGAACCAAGGAGUACACUGAAGGUCUCCUUGACCACGUAACAGUUCUUAUCGGAAUUGCUUAUGGAGGCAAAGCAAUAGCAGGAGUUAUUAACCAGCCAUAUUACAACUAUAAGGCAGGAGCUGAUGCUGUGUUGGGCAGGACAAUCUGGGGAGUCCUGGGCAUAGGUGCCUUUGGAUUUCAGCUCACAGAAGCUCCUGCUGGGAAACACAUCAUCACUACCACCCGUUCUCACAGCAGUACCCUGGUAAAUGACUGCAUCAGUGCCUUGAACCCAGACAGUGUCAUCAGAGUUGGAGGAGCAGGAAACAAGAUCAUUCAACUUAUAGAAGGCAAGGCAUCUGCUUAUGUAUUUGCCAGUCCUGGGUGCAAGAAGUGGGAUACAUGUGCACCUGAAGCUAUUCUGCAUGCUGUGGGAGGCAAGAUAACUGAUAUCCAUGGAAAUUCAUUUCAGUAUAACAAGGAAGUGAAACACAUGAAUUCAGCUGGGGUCCUUGCCACUUUAAGAAAUUAUGACUAUUAUGCCAGUCGUAUUCCUAACACCGUUAAACAAUCUCUUGUGCCUUAAAGCAGUAAAGCAUCUUCACUUGGCCUGUAAGGCUGAGAAAGUGAGUUCGGAGAAAAAGAAAGAAGGAAGAUAACUGAGCUUGAAAUUUUGUUUUCUAGAAUCUGAACUGAAUUCUUACAUUAAGGUGUUCAGUAAUUUCAAAAUUGCAUACAAAAUCUUGAGGUAUAUGUUGGAUCAGAUUGUUUUGCUGUGUUUAGCAGACAACGUCAAAACAGUCACAUUUCUUCAAUAGUUGUUUUCCAUAUUCUUUGGGAGUAUUCAUUCUUGAUGACUGUGCUUAAUAUACUGCUAAUCAUAACUCUAUGGUCCAAAAAUCGUCUUAGUAUUCGGGGCACAAAGUCAUGUUAAGUCCUUUACCUGAUCUUGCUCAAUGUUUUUUGUUGUAUGUAGUCAACAAGGGUUUAUUGUGUUAAAUACAAAUGGACUAAGAAUUUGCCUGGAUGGAUUAGCCCAUUUAUAAUAAAGUUGAUAGUUUUGAUUC